AUGCUGCAUCGCAACCCGCGGUGGGCGCUUUGUGCAGCCCUCGCUGCACUUUACGGCGGAACGGGGAUCGCCAGCGCCGAGGUUAAGAAUGAUUUCUCCGAGUGUGAAAACAGCUGGACCCCGUGGACGACCUGUAACAGCACAACAGGUCUACAAGAGAGACACAACUCCAAGUGCGAGACAUGGGUGGAGGUCAGGGAAUGCAAGAAACUAACAGGAUGCGGUGAUUUCGGCGAGUGGGACCCCCCUCUCUCUGGUGACUGUGAGCUUGGAUCUACACACACCCGUCACCGCGCGAACUGCCCCCACCGCAAAGAGGUGCGGGUGUGCGGCACCUUCGACUGCAGCAGCUGCUCAGUGAACGCCACCUGCGAUCCAAUGGCUGCAGAAUGCCACUGCAAGCCUGGGUUCAGAGGUGAUGGAGAAAACUGCGAGGCAUUCAACCCCUGCGAGGAGAGCCCAUCACCCUGUGACAGCAAUGCUAUAUGUACACCCGAUGGAAACGAAGCCAAGUGUCAGUGCAAAGCAGGAUGGGGAGCUGAUCCAGCAGCAGGAAGCAGCAGCAGCCCUUGUGUUGAGGUCGAUGAAUGCGCAAACAACACCCACCAAUGCCCAGCUCACUCCAACUGUGUCAACACCCAGGGAUCCUAUGAAUGCAACUGCCUGCCAGGAUACCGCAAAGGCGAAGACGGCCAGUGUCACGACAUCGAUGAGUGCGCCAGCGACGAACACAACUGCCCCGCUCAUUCAACUUGCGUCAACACUGCUGGAAGCUUCGAGUGCCGCUGCAAUGCUGGAUACAGUGGAAACGCAACAGCAGACAGCCCAUGCAUGAACAUCGAUGAAUGCGCAAACCCAAAUGCUUGCUCAGCAAACGCAAUCUGUACAGACACCGACGGAUCCUUCACUUGCAGCUGCCCAGAGGGAUACAACGGCCAGGGUACUCAUGACUCUCCAUGCUCAAAGAUAGAUUUCUGCGCGGAUCCCUCACUCAACAACUGCGGUGCCCACGCCAGCUGUUUGAACACCCUGACGACAUUCAAGUGCGUCUGCGAUGCUGGAUAUGAAGGCCUCGGCACUCAUGACAGCCCAUGCGUAGACAUCAAUGAAUGCUCCGCCGAGAAACCCACAAACAACUGCAACAGAAACGCCGUCUGCACCAACACAGACGGAUCCUACACAUGCGAAUGCAAGACUGGCUUCAGCGGCGACGGUUUCGGCCCCUCCGGGUGUGCAGAUAUCGAUGAGUGCUCAGCAGAAACCUCUCCUUGCGACCCGCAUGCAUCCUGCAGCAACACCGAGGGCUCCUACACCUGCACAUGCAAUGCCGGCUACGAAGCAGCUUCGACAGACGGCCAUGCAUGCAAGGACAUCGAUGAGUGCGCCACGGGAGCAGCAGUCUGCCACGUCUCUGCUCAGUGUGUGAAUGUAGAUGGAAGCUAUGAAUGCCACUGCCAAGAAGGUUUCAUCGGUGACGGGAAAGUCUGCAGCGACGUCGAUGAGUGUGCAGCAGAUCCUUCUCCCUGCGGAGCCAACACCCACUGCCAGAACACCAUCGGCAGCUACGAGUGCGAGUGCAAGCCCGGCUAUGGACACAUGGAUAACAACGCAUGCAGCGAUGUUGAUGAAUGCAAGGAGGCAAGCACCAAGAUCCCCUCAAACUGCAGCUGUGUCAACACCGAGGGCAGCUACAACCUUGAGGCCAACCCCGGCUAUGAGCUCGUGAACGGCGAAUGCGUGAAGAUCGACUUCUGCGCUCGCGGUGCAUGCAAUGCUCUGGCCUCAUGCAAGGAGAACGCCGAAGGCACUGCAGCUAUCUGCACAUGUCUGCCUGGCUACACCGGUGACGGAACUGCUGCUGGCCACUGCGAUGACAUCGAUGAGUGUGCAACAGGUGAAAACGACUGUGCAUCUGCAGAAGAGGGAGGCAUCUGCGAGAACACCGUGGGUUCCUACAACUGCAAGUGCGCUGAGGGAUACAGAAAGGACGGCAACAAGUGCAUUGAGAUCGAUGAAUGCGCAGAGGGAACACACAACUGCCACGCAUCCGCCACAUGCAGCAACACCGCAGGAAGCUUCACCUGUACCUGCAACAGCGGUUUCAGCGGCAAUGGAGUGGAAUGCGCGGACAUCGAUGAGUGCUCAACCGAAGCAGAUGACUGCGGUGCCAACACCCUUUGCAACAACACCAUCGGCAGCUUCGAGUGCAGCUGCGUCGCCGGCUUUGUGCAUGCAGAUGCGAAAUCUUGUGUUGACAUCGACGAGUGCGCCACUGGGGCUCACACUUGCUCUCAACACGCCACCUGCACCAACACCGACGGGUCCUUCACUUGCCAGUGCAACCCAGGUUUCGAGGGCGAUGGCCACAAGUGCGAGGACAUCGACUUCUGCGGCGCUGGGCAGCACGACUGCAACGUGCAUGCAGAGUGCGCAGAAAGCGAGGACAACACCACCUUCAAGUGUACAUGCGCUCCCGGAUACAGCGGAGAAGGCCACGGCGAGACAGGUUGCCAGGACAUCGACGAAUGCGCGGAAGAGGGCAUCUGCGGCCAGAACACCGUCUGCAAGAACACCGCAGGCAGCUACGAGUGUGCAUGCAAAGAAGGAUUCGUUCUAGCAGCUGAACAGCCACAGGGCACCAAUGCAUUGGUCUGUGUUGACGUUGAUGAGUGCAGCGACACAUCCAAGAACACCUGCGCCACUGCAGCAGACGGCGGCAUCUGCCAGAACACCGAAGGCAGCUAUGUAUGCUCCUGCAAGUCGGGCUACCAGGGUGACGGCCACAGCUGUGCAGAUAUCAACGAAUGCGCAACCGAGGGUACCUGCGGUGUACACACAACUUGCAAGAACACCCCAGGCUCUUUCACUUGCGAGUGCCUUGAGGGCUAUGAGCACGCCGAUGAAACCUCCUGCCGCGACAUCAACGAGUGCGAGACUGGCGCCGUUGUUCUGCCACCCAACUCCACCUGUGUCAACACUGACGGCAGCUACGACUUCGAGUGUGUCGCUGGCUACCGCCGUGCUGAUGGAGCUUGUGUGAAGAUCGACUACUGCAGCGAGAAAGGAUGCAACGCCAAUGCAACUUGCCGCGAGAACGAUGCAGGAACCGAGGCUAUCUGCACUUGCAAGGAGGGAUACGAAGGAAACGGCGAGGGUGAAGAAGGCUGCAGAAACAUCAAUGAAUGUGAAACCAGCGAGCCAUGCAAGGACUUCGGUGAAGGUGGUGUUUGCGUCGAUACACCCGGAUCUUUCACUUGCGAGUGUGCUUCUGGAUUCAUUCAACGCCGCUGCGCUGCUACCGGUGGUAUCUGCUCCAACACUGUAGGAUCCUUCACUUGCUCUUGUGCUAGUGGGUUCGAGGGUGAUGGCCACACUUGCCACGACAUCGAUGAGUGCGCAACAGCUCAGCACACAUGCGACCCCAACGCCACCUGCACCAACACCGAGGGAAGCUUUGAGUGCCGCUGCAACAGUGGAUUCGAGGGAGACGGCCACACAUGCCAGGAUAUCGAUGAGUGCGCUGACCCAUCCAAAAACACAUGCGAUACACACAAGGGUCUCUGCCACAACACCAACGGCUCCUUCACCUGCGGCUGCAAGCCCGGAUUCAACCUCGCAGCUGACGGCAGCACAUGCGAAAACGUCGACGAGUGCACGGCUGGCACUGCAACAUGCAGCGAGCGCAGCUUCUGCGUGGACACCGAAGGCAGCUACAACUGCGAGUGCAAGAACGGGUUCAAGCGCUCUGGCGACGACUGUGUUGACGUUGAUGAGUGCGAUGCUAGCGUGCAUGCAUGCAGCGAGCACGCUACCUGCACCAACACAGAGGGCAGCUACACUUGCGAAUGCCAAGAGGGAUACCAGGGCGACGGCAAGACCUGCGAGAAGACCGUUGGUGCCUGCGACUCUGCUCCUUGCGGUGCCCACGCCACAUGCGAGCCUGCUGGCGACAGCUACACAUGCACUUGCCAUGAGGGUUACGAGCUGCAUGAGGGAGUUUGUGUAGACAAGAAUGAAUGCGAGAGCGGCAGCCACAACUGCGACCCGCAUGCAGUCUGCACCAACACUGACGGUUCCUUCACAUGCGAAUGCGGCAGCGGAUACAAGGGCCUGGGCACAUCAUGCGAGGAUAUCGAUGAGUGCGCUGGCAACGCAGCAGGUUGCGACGCCCAUGCAGUCUGCACGAACACCCCCGGCUCAUUCAAAUGCGAGUGCAAGAGUGGCUUCGAGGGCGACGGUAUGCACUGCACGGAGAAGGUGAUCCUCCCCGGUCAGAUUCACUGUGAGGCAUGGAGCGCAUGGACCGAGUGCAAGGACGGUGCAACCCACAGCACACGUAGCUGCAUUGCUCUCCCCUUGAAACAAGAAACCCGACUCUGCCCUGAAGUUGAACUCCCUGAAUGCGGGGAAUUCAGCGACUGGACUGCAUGCCCUGGCGUAGACAACAACCUGUCUCACAGACGUGCAGAAAGAUUCGGAGAACCAGGAUGCGAGAAUGCAGAAGAAGUCCGCGAAUGCCCCAAUGAUGAGGUUGAGGAGAAGUGCGGUGAAUGGGGAGAGUGGACAGCCUGUGGCGAUCCAUCGACUGGUCUUCGCACCCGCACACGUGCAAACUGCCCCGAGCAGGUUGAGUUUGAGCGGUGCACGAUGCCAACAGAGCCAACAGAGCCAACAGAGCCAACAGAGCCAACAGAGCCAACAGAGCCAGGGACAGGAGGUGAAGAAGGUGGUGUUGAGGGUGGUGAAGAAACACCAGGAGCAGGAGCAGAAGAAGGCGAAGUCACCACCGGCCACUGCACAGAGUUCGGCCCAUGGACUGCAUGCAAGAAGGGAGAGCAUGGAAUCGGAAUGCAGCACCGCUUGUGCGUUGGCAGAGAUGAUAUCGUUGAAUCCAGAGUCUGCACAAUCGAAGAAAACUGCGGUGAAUGGUCCGACUGGUCUCCAUGCACAGGAACCACGCAGCGGAGAACAAGAAAGAACUGCCCCUCCGUCAAGGAAGUUCGCGUCUGUGCAGGCGACAUGCCAUUCACUGACGAGUGCACAUGGGACAGCUGGUCACCUUGCAACUUGUCUAUGGACGGCUCUUACCUCCGCACCCGCUUUUCCGCUGACUGCGAGAUGAGCGAAGUUCAGCACUGCACACCAAGCACCGAUGGAGGAGCUGUUGAGGGGGUAUGCACAGCCUGGGAUCCAUGGACCGAGUGUUCAGAGGGAAAACAAACGAGAAAAUGCGCCAACUUAGACGUCGAGGAAACAAGAACCUGCGGCGACGUUGCAGACGACUGCGGCUCAUUCGGACCCUUCGCAUGGAGUGAAUGCACAAUCCGCGUCGGCAAGAUGGUGUUGCGUGCUCGUGAAAUGGUGAAGAGAACCCGCACCUGCGGCGAGGAGCAGCAGACGGAAACCCGGCUGUGUGACGUCAGCGGCCGCGAGGAAGGUGAAUGCGGAAACUUCGGCCCAUGGAGUGAAUGCACAAUCCGCGUCGGCAAGAUGGUGUUGCGAGCUCGUGAGGAUACCGCAUGCGGCGUCACCGAGUACGAGCAGUGCAGCCAGCCAUCUGGCAGCAACAGUGUUGUAUGCACACCAUGGAGCGAAUGCUCAAACAAAGAAGAAAACAGAACCUGCACCAUCCGCAGCGGAGACGGUCUCGUCAAGGAAUCGAAAGAAAUCAGACCCUGCGAGGAAGCUAUCACCAGUGUUUGCGGCGAAUUCACCGCAUGGUCUGAAUGCGAUGCUGAAGGACUGCGCGAGGAAGCUAUCACCAGUGUUUGCGGCGAAUUCACCGCAUGGUCUGAAUGCGAUGCUGAAGGACUGCAGCACAGAAACCUUGAGGGUUGCCCCGACAUCGUCGAGGUCACCACCUGCGGCAGUGAGGAAUGCCCGCCCUUCGGCGAGUGGAGUGAGUGCGGUAGCCCAGAAGACGGCGUGCGUUCUCGCCAGCGCAUCGACUGCACACCAAGCGAUGUGUGCCAGUGCUCCGAGAUAGAGAGCUGUUUCAAUACAGAACUCAGACCCCCCACACCACCUGAGCCUGAGACAGGAGCCGGUGAAGCAGGAGAAGGAGAAACCGGAAAAGAAGAGGGAGGUGAAGAAUCAGGUGUAAGCGGUGGUGAAGGAGGAGAGGGAGAGACCGGUGGUGCAGGCGGAGAGACCACUGGUGAAGGAGAGGGAGAGACCGGUGGUGCAGAGGGAGAGACCGGUGGUGCAGGCGGAGAGACCACUGGUGAAGGAGAGGGAGAGACCGGUGGUGCAGGAGGAGAGGGAGAGGAGUCAGGCGAAGCGGAGACCCCAGUAACCCCCCCAGAAGAGGAGCUUCCCGAGGAGAGUGAAACAGAGCCAGAGCAGAAACCUGAAGAGGAGGAGGGUCAAGAGAAGCCAGGCGAAGUAGUAGAAGAAGGGGAAGCUGUAGUAGAGCCCGCACCAGGAGCCCCUGAGGUUGCACCUGAACACCCAGAGGCCCCACCCAGCAACGAGGGUCCAGAGGGCCCCCACAAGCCCGAGGCUGAGGAGGAAGAAGAGAAGGAAGAAGGUGGCGGCUUCCCAACAGCUGCAGUGGCAGGAGGUGUUGGUGGUGUUCUGCUGCUCGCCGCUGUAGGAGGAGGAGUUGCAGCUUUCACCGGCGGCGGUGGUGGCGGUGCAGGAGCAACGGAAGCAGAACAAGUUGAGUUCGAAGGAGAAGAUACCGGAGCAGGAGCUGCCGAGACACCCGAAGCCGAUACCGCUGUAGGAGGAGGAGUUGCAGCUUUCACCGGCGGCGGCGGUGGCGGCGCAGGAGCAACAGAAGCAGAACAAGUUGAGUUCGAAGGAGAAGAUACCGGAGCAGGAGCUGCCGAGACACCCGAAGCCGAUACAGUUAUCGACAUCACCGAUGAAGACGACUACUGGGCGGAUAGCGGUGACAUUCAGUAA